GUAAAGCUGUACAUCAUGAAACUCCAUGGAAUAUAUGUAUGUAUACAUAUGUAUAUAUGUGUCUGUAUAAAAGUGAUAUAACAACAACAAAAAUAAUUAGAGCUCUUGCACACUCCUCAACUCAUUUCUUGUCCAUGAAAAGCGCGCCGAACAAGUGAUAAAAUUGAUUAAAUUUCGAUUCGUACAUAGAAAACAUUGUGAUAAAGCCCGAAGCAGAGAACACGUUUUUGGCAUUACAUAAGCAGGCUGAAAGCGUGGCAGACUGACAGAGAGGCAGGCGAGCGGACAGAGACAGGAUUAUGGGUCGAAAACAGGAAAGCAGACAAAACAAAAACCGGAAGAACAGGAAAAAGUGGGCGAAAUGUCAAAAACUGGACAGCAGAGCGAAGAGUAACAAAAAAGAAGCAGAAUCAGCAGCAGCAAAAGAAGAAGAGACCAAUAACAGCAGCAGGCGGCUAAGGUAGCGGCGGCGGCCUGUUCUAUGCUGCUGCCCACUCGAAAAAAAUAACCAGCAUUAUACAGCGCGCACCUCAUCCUUCGCCUUCUUCAUUGUCGCAGCCAACAGCCGCCAGCAGUAUCGUGCAGUCAGUCCUUGGGUAUUGCGAAAAAGAGCCAUAGAAAUGGCGAUAAAACAGAAAAUGUGCAAAACCAACACGAAUGCAAAAGGCAAUAGAGAGUGCAAGUAGGCAAGUGAGUUGCCUGUGUGCGUGUGUGUGUGCAAGUGAGCAUGUUGUUGGUAGUGAGAGUAUAUAUAUGGAUACAUACAAUCAUAUGCUUGCAUAUAUACACACAUAUAAACGAAGUGUUAAACGAACGCAACACGAAGUUGCUUUCAAGGUCUGGAGCGCAGGCAGCAGACAGCAGGUUCUGGAAGGCAGCGACGCCAACGCAGCGUCAGCCGUCGCAUUCCAUUCCCGCUGCAAUUGCACGAAGUUGCCCUUGGACUUGCACUUGAAAACCGAGUGACAGCAGCAACUGCGCGGCUGCUGCUGACGUCGACGUCGACAUUAUGUUGGAGUUGUGUUGCAUGCUCGGCACGGCCGGCUCCUAAUGCGCGCGCAUGCCUCAAACCCAACUGCAGCUGCGGUUGUCGCUGUCGCUGCUGCAAUCGCUGUCGUUGCUGCAGUCGCUAUCGCUGCUGCUGCCGCAGUCGCAGUCACUGUGAACGCCAUCAAACCAAACGCUUCGUUCGUUUUGCAGCAAAUUUCGUUUUCAUACAGCAAAUUUCAAUUUUAUGUUAUAAAAUCGCACGCACACAGCUGCAGCCAUAUGAUAAUGCAGCUGUGUGUGUGUGUGUGCAUGCAUAAUGCACAUGUUUUUCUGUGCUUAUGUGCAUGUGCCUGUAUAUGUAUGCAUUUUUGGCUUUUGCCAUACUUCCUUUACGCCGUUUGCCAAUUUUUUUGUUGCUGCUGUGUUCACUCGUCUCUCUUUACCACUGCCGCCAAAAUAAUGUUGAAGGUCAGCGUGUUAGUGUAAAUUCAGUUUUAAAAUAUGUACACACAUAUCUACAUAUACAUAUGUAAUAUGUAAAUGCGUAUGUGUGUUUGUGUGCUUGUAUGCUUGUGCAAAAGCCACCCACACGCAUUUGCUUUGAGUUGGUCCCACUGCAAGCGCUAAGCAUCAUUGUGAUGAAUUUUAUGACACUUUGGCUCUGCGUGUAUAACAGUUAUUGGAGAACCGAUUUCGUUUGCUGCUGAGAUGGCAAUAGAGCCUAUAAGUUUCCUAUGACUUAUGAAAAGUGUUAUACAUAUUUAUACAUCUACAUAUAUGUAUUUAUAUUUAUGUAUGUAUGUACAUUUGGCUCGCUUUCAGGUACAGUUUGAACCAGUACGAUUCAAGCUAAUUGCCUGAGCCACAAUUGAAGUUAUCGUUAAUCGAUUUGUUCAGUGUACUCCCUACGACACAUUCUAACAUGCUAAUUUUUCUCAGUGUUCAAAUAUAUAUUUUAUUUAUUUCUAUAUACUCUUUCGUAGCUCAGCUAAUUAAAUUCCUUGAACUUAAUUAAUAUAUUAUCUGAACGAAUAAAAUAGUGAAAACAAUUAGCUUAACUUUUAAUUGUAAAGUCAUAAAUAUAAAAUAAAGAAUUUACCGUUUUGUUGAAAAACUAAUGGAGAAAAGUUUUCUCAACUUUUCCAUACUGCAAAAACAUAAUGUUUUCUGGUGGGAAUUAUUGCAUUACGCUAAAAAGGUAUAAAUAAUGAUAAAUCAAGGAGCUUACUUUAGUUGCGGAUAAUUGUGAACUGCGAAUAUUGUGAAUAGAGCGAUUUAGCUCGAACAAUGAUUUUCAAAUAUAUCAGGAAACCAGAUGGGGAAAAUCUGCUUAUAGCCCGUGAGGCCUACAAAUACGUCGAUGAUAUUAUGGUCUUCUUGGGCUGGGGUUCGACCGAGGGGCGUGGCAAGAUAAAUCGACGAAUAUAUAGACUGUAUACGGUUUUGGUCGUCAUCUUCAGUCUAUAUCUUCCCUUUCUAUUCGCUCAGUCGCUCAUGUUGACCAUAGAUAUCUCCCAUGCCGAUACUCUAUUCACCACGCUCGAGGUGUUCUUCAACGGCCCCGCCUAUACGAUCAAGUCGGCCAUAAUGCUCCGCAAUAGAUGGCGUGUGGACAAGGCCAAGGAUAUGUUGGACGUGAUGAGCGAGCGAUUGGUGACAUACGAAGAGCGAGUGAGAGUUCAUCGAUUGGCCGUCACCUGCAAUUACAUAACACUUCUAUAUCGGUUUGUAUACACAAUACCAACGACACUGAAUCUAGUCUAUAGCGUCCACUACGGAUAUCCGCCUCUAAAUUUGUAUAACCCAUUUGUGGACUGGCAUAAGGAUACGCGCAGCCUGUGGUUCGCAGCACUUUACGAAUAUUUCCUACAGAUCUUUGCGGUCCAUGCCUUCAUGGCAUCGGAUUCUAUGCCUCUGAUAUUCGGGCUGACUGUUCGAUCCUAUACACAAUGGCUGACAGAGCGGGUAGAAAGAUUGCGCAUUAAUCCCAAAAGAAAUGAGGAUGAGAACUACCAGGAACUUGUUCAAUGCAUCAAGGAUCAUCAGCUUAUUGUGGAGUACAGCGAGAACAUGCGACCUCUGAUCUCUAUUGCCUUGUUUGUUCAGUAUACCACAGCAUCCUUGGUGAUGGCUUCAUCACUCGUUCAUUUGGUGACUUUUGCGGAUAUGGUCUCGGGCGUUACAACCACCAUUUAUAUGAUCUCCUGUAUGUUUCAAACAUUUCCAAUUUCGUACAUCUGCGAGCAGAUAGUUGAAGACUGUGAAUUACUAUCGCGGGCUAUAUUUCAUUCGAAUUGGAUCGGUGCGCCUACCGCCUACACUUCGGCCCUUAAGUAUUUCAUUCACAGGACCCAGCAACCAAUCCAAUUUAUAGCCGGCGGCGUAUUCCUCAUAUGCCUGAACGUAAAUAUUCAAGUGGCCAAAUUUGCAUUUUCUUUGACCACAUUUGUUCAACAGAUGAGCGUAUUUGAAAACUUUGAUCGUUAAAUUACCGGAAGAGCCGUUUGUUAGAAGUCAUAUUUAAAAAAAUAAAUAUUCUUGACUUAUAAAUGAGAUAGAAAAUGCACUACAAAAUAGAUGCACUACAGAAUAGAUUAUAGAAUCAUACACUUUGUUCAAUAAAU